AUGGCGCCUGAAGUUGCUGCUGAAAGCGACGUAAGUAAUGAUUCUAUUCCGGAAGUCAUGCCGGAGAGUGAUCAACCCUCUCCCGACUUCUCGCAAGGUGCACCAAGACAGCUCUAUUCCUACUGCUUCAAGUGCCACCGGCCCCACAACAGUGAGUGUGGUGGUGAUAGCACUACCGACGACUGGCUCCAACUUUCAAUCUAUCUCCCAACCUGGAAAGACGAGCAAGCUGACCCCCUACCAGAUAUGUCGAACAGCCUCAUCGACUGCCUUCGACACCUGAAGAAACUCAACGAAUACAUCCUGACCCAGUUCAGCACCUUCACGAGAUACCGAGAUUCGCUCAUGCUCGACAUGCUCGAAGCCCCAGCACGAUUACGAUGCAGUUACGAUCAGUACAUCACCGAAUUCAUGCCGUUCUAUGAACGCGCCAAUGCAGAAACAUCCCGAUGCAUCUCCCAACUCAACAACCGAUUACUCGAGUUUGUCGAAGCCGAAAUUUGUCUACCUGCCUGGAGCGCCUCGACAGGUCAAGACCGCCCAAUGGGAGCCCUCACAGAGGCCCAAAAAUGCGGCGUUCUGCGGCACGCUUUAGUCAGUCAGGCUACAACAGUCCUGCCCAACGCGACCACACUGCGGCCAGCAGUCAAGCGGCUCUAUGAAGACGUCAAAGACAUCGCCGUGCGGUACGCUGCGUUCAAGACCAAUUUCUCAACACAGAUCGUGCAGCACUUGGUUGGUAGCAAUCAUCCGACGUUGCUUCGACUCUGCUUGAAGGUGCCAUUCGACUGUCUUCUCGACAUCGACUUGGGGCGAAAGGACAUCCACUUCGUUGCGUUGCCGGACACAUCAAAAGUACAUCCGGAUAUGCUUCGGGCAUACAACGAGUUCAAGGCGCAGGACCAGUCCGGUCGACCUGCAGCCGCCGCUGUCACCGAAGGCAACCACGUCCUCGGAGGCUAG